AUGGUUAGAUUGGGGGAGAAAGAAAACGAGAUUGAAGGAUAUUUAGGCAGAGUCAGAUUUAUAAAGGAAAAACAACUAUUGGGCGGGCGGGCCGCCGCCUCCGGCGACCACCGGAGUCCAAAAGAUAUUUUCUACGACACCUCCGCCGGUGCCGCUGCAGGUGCAAUUGCAGCUACUUUCGUAUGCCCGUUGGAUGUAAUAAAGACGAGGCUUCAAGUCCGCGGCUUGCCGGAAAUGCAGCCCUCUGGUCGGAGAGGUAGUGUUAUUCUUGUGAGCCUACAAAGUAUUGUUCGAAAUGAAGGUGUGAAGGGACUUUAUCGCGGCCUUACACCCACAUUGACAGCAUUACUUCCGAAUUGGGCAGUGUACUUCACAGUUUACGGGCAUCUUAAAGAGGUACUACAUUCAUACGAGGGUAGCAAGGACCAACUUUCAAUUUCUUCAAACAUGAUAGCUGCUGCUGGAGCUGGCGCUGCAACAGCCAUUGCAACGAAUCCAUUAUGGGUUGUUAAAACAAGACUUCAAACACAAGGAAUGAGGCAAGACGUGGUUCCUUAUAAGAAUAUAUUUUCUGCUCUGACACGAAUUGCCCGCGAAGAAGGAUUUCGAGGAUGGUACAGUGGCCUUCUGCCUUCCUUGGCUGGAAUAACUCACGUUGCCAUCCAAUUCCCUACGUAUGAAAGAAUGAAAUUCUAUUUGGCUAAACGAGAGAAUAAAAGUAUUGAUGAGCUCAACCCCUGGGAAGUUGCAAUCGCCUCGUCGUUUUCAAAAGUGGUUGCUUCCAUAUUGACUUAUCCUCACGAGGUAAUACGUUCGAGGCUGCAAGAACAAGGGCAAGUUCGUAAUUGCGAGUUACAGUACGCUGGGGUAGUCGACUGCGUCAAGAAAGUGUUCAGAAAGGAGGGCAUUCCCGGGUUUUACCGUGGAUGCGCUACCAAUCUAUUGCGAACAACUCCAUCUGCUGUAAUAACGUUCACGAGUUACGAGAUGAUACGCAGAUUUUUGCUGCGUGUAUCUUCGGAAGAGAAGAAGCAUCCGGAAAAAUCCGACGGUGAAAUCGAGCCCGAGAAGGGAGAGAACACUAAAUCUGUAAACCCAUCUAAUAUUGAUAGAACUCGUUUUAUUCCUUUGGAUAAUGCCGAUAAGAUAACUGCUAGGCGAUGAGCGCUCGGCGAAUUAUUUAACAGUCUUAGAUUUUUGUUAAUAAAAGGGCAACUGGGAAUUCCUGUUGUAGGUA